AUCUGUAGGCUAUGUUUUCAGCACAACACCCCAUUGGAUGCAAUUGCUCAGUUCCGAAAACACAUCGACUUGUGUAAGAAAAAAAUCGGAAGUGCGGAGUUGUCCUUUGAGCAUGCUGCAUGGAUGUCUAAACAAUUCCAGGCCUUUGGAGAUUUAUUUGAUGAAGCUAUUAAGUUAGGGUUGACAGCUAUUCAAACUCAGAAUCCUGGUUUCUAUUACCAGCAGGCAGCAUACUACGCCCAGGAGCGGAAGCAGCUCGCAAAAACCCUCUGCAGCCAUGAAGCUUCGGUGACGUAUCCCAAUCCUGACCCCUUGGAAACACAGACAGGCGCUCUUGACUUCUACGGACAGCGGUCCUGGCGCCAAGGAGUACUAAGUUUUGACCUUUCGGAUCCUGAAAAAGAGAAGGUGGGAAUUCUUGCCAUUCAGCUGAAGGAGAGAAAUGUUGUUCACUCGGAAAUAAUAAUAACUCUUCUGAGCAAUGCUGUUGCGCAGUUUAAGAAGUACAAGUGUCCGAGAAUGAAAAGUCAUCUAAUGGUCCAGAUGGGAGAGGAAUAUUUCUACGCAAAGGAUUACACCAAAGCUUUGAAGUUGCUGGACUACGUGAUGUGUGAUUACCGCACCGAAGGCUGGUGGACUCUGCUCACGUCGAUAUUGACGACAGCUCUCAAGUGUUCCUACCUGAUGGCCCAGUUAAAAGACUACAUUACUUAUUCCCUAGAACUCCUUGGAAGGGCUUCAACUCUGAAAGAUGACCAGAAAUCUCGGAUAGAGAAGAACCUCAUCAAUGUUUUAAUGAACGAAAGUCCUGAGCCUGAGCCUGACUGUGACGGCGCCGCUGUGAAAACUGCUCAGAAGCUGUGGGCGGACCGGGUCUCCCUGGCCGGCAGCAACGUGUUCACCGUCGGGGUGCAGCACCUCGUGCCGUUCGUGCAAUGCAAAGCCAAGUUUCACGCCCCCAGUUUCCACGUUGAUGUUCCUGUGCAGUUUGAUAUUUAUCUGAAGGCUGACUGUCCGCAUCCCAUCAGGUUCUCUAAGCUCUGCGUCAGCUUUAACAACCAGGUAAAGGUGCCUGCUCAAGGGCCUCACCACGUGUGAAUCUUAUUGCAGCUC